UUCUCGAAGUCUGCCUUCCAUCCAUCCACGAAAUUUGUCCACCGCCAUGACAGGGCUGAUCCGCUGCUUUCCCCCACCACCGCGGUCGAGGUCCGGGGAGAGUUCCCGGUGGGCUUGCUUGCCCCCCUUCGAAUUUUCCGUUGGUACCCGUGGCUCUGAAGAAUUGGCUCUCCAUUUUAAAAGGAAGAAGUUAGAUGUGUUCCCUAUAAGAGUUCAAUUUUCAUCUUUGAAAAGCCAACUUCUGCCAAGCAGUGACUGCCUGUUCUUCAAAAAAGACACGCUUCUAAUGUUUAGGUCAGGAAGGGUUCAAUAUAAUAAUAUAUUAGGAUUCUGCCAUGGGAUAACAGAAGCCAUUACCUAUCACAAGGUAUUGACUAGUGCAAAAGCAUUAGUUGUUGUGCAAGUCUUGAUGUUCAUUUUACCUCCUAAUGUGCUUGCGGAGACAUGCAAGACUGAAAACUCUUUUUUCAACAUGCCUUUUCUGUUCAUAAUAGCCCUUAUUGGGGCUACUGUUGGUG